GCAUUGCUUAAAAGCUAAAAUUGAAAUUCGAAAACACAUUACUAAGUCGUUAGAUAUGCCCUGAAUGAGCAAAAUACCUGGAGUACCUACAGAGCCUAUGGAUAUACGUGUUUGAUUUGGAUCGGUAUUCAGCCCUCAACAUAUCCGAUCACUUGUGGAAUAAUGUUUGUCCCGGUCUUCCUUCAACUGCAAGUGGUUGAUAAAUACGAAAACAUAGGCAAUCACUCAUUUUGUCGCUUUAAACUCCGAGGACAGUUUUCUUCAAGUGGGCAAUUGUUACUCUUAUCUUUUUUAACUUUUGACUAACGGGAGUUCUAGAGGCACGGCUUAAAAAUUUCUCCAAACAAAGAACUGCGGUACUACGUCUGCUUUAAACGAUGACAUAUAAAUGACAAAUUUUGCCACCCCAAAACGGCCAAAUUCAAUUGAACAAGAUGCUCUGAAAAAAAAAAAAACCUCUCCACUCCCUUCUCGUUGUCCACCUACCAAUCGAACGAUCGACGAUUUUAUCACAUCACAAACGAUCACGCAGACACUCUCAAAGCGAUUGAGGAAACCGAUCUCUGCGCCCCCAUUCCUCAAUCCCUGAUCUCGUGUCCGUUCUUUGGUCAUUUGGACUCUUAAACGAGAUCCACGGUCACGCCAAGAAAUGCGUCAGCAACACUCGAGACAUCAUCAUCAUUGUCAUUGGAGUGGCCUAGAGUGGCCCCGGUGCGUAUGUGGAUGCGUACGUUCUCCUGUAGCACAUGAAAGUUUGCGUUGAGAACCGGGUGACAUGAGAACCUCUGACGUUGUGCGGCUUUUUGAGUAAGGAUUCGUGGCGACCAAGACUUCGCAAGUGUUCGUGAUAUACCACAUAUGCUGGGAUAUUGUGCGAGUGAGUGAAUAAUAUUGAUUGACAGAAGACCAUGCAUUUAUGGCUACUGUUGUGGCUGAUCUCGCCCAUUUCGAGCGAGGACUGGUUUAGUGCGGUGAUACCCAAGCGGACAUGGAACUACACCCUCGGAUCCAACGAUACAGACUUGGUUCAGACGUUCCGGUCCAACUCAUCCCAUUCCAACUUCUUCAAGAUCUUGGCCAAUGACGCCCAUUCCAUUCUGGUCGGAGGCCAAAACCACGUGUUCAACUUGAGUGCCUCCGACCUGUCCGAGAAUCAGGCACAGCGGAUCACUUGGUUUCCGACCGACACCGACCGUGAACUCUGUUUGGUGAAAGGCAAGUCCGAGAAUGACUGUCAAAACUACAUCAGAGUCCUCGAGGUCUUGGAUAACGGCGCCAAACUUUUGGUCUGUGGAACAAAUGCAUUCAAUCCCAGAUGUCGUAACUACAGGAAGCGAUCCCCCUGGAGCCACGACUGGAUCUUUUCUAAGGAGUUCUCGGGCAAAGGGUUUUGCCCCUUUGACCCGAGGCACAACUCCACGGCCAUCUUUGCAGGAGGACAUCUCUAUUCGGGAACUGUGGCCGAUUUCUCGGGAACGGAUGCUCUCAUAAUCAGAGAGCGAUUACGAACGGAACAAUAUGAUACGAAGCACCUGAACAAUCCUGAUUUUGUAGGGGCUAUCGAGGAUGACAGCUACGUGUAUUUCUUCUUUCGAGAACUGGCGGUGGAACACAUGAAUUGUGGCAAGGCUGUGUACGCCAGGGUGGCCAGAGUCUGCAAACAAGAUAAAGGUGGUCCGCACACUUUCCAAUACAAGUGGACCUCGUUUCUGAAGGCUCGUUUGAACUGUUCCGUACCGGGAGAGUUUCCAUUCUACUUUGACCACCUGCAAUCAGUGAUGCAAAUGGGUCCAUUUGUGUUUGGUAUCUUCACUACCUCGCAAAACUCAAUUGCUGGGAGCGCAAUUUGUCAAUUCUCGUUAGCCUCAAUGGAACGAACCUUUGACAAUGAUCUCUUCAAAAGCCAGGAUAGUACGAAUUCCAAUUGGUUGGCCGUGUCAGAAUCCCAUGUCCCUGAUCCACGCCCUGGUGUGUGUUCCAAUGCCCCCAUUACAGAGCGGGGCUUAAAUUUCAUCAAGCAUAACAAUCUCAUGAACAAGGCCAUCGACAGUGAAGGCCGAAAGCCUCUUUUUGUGCAAGUCGAUUUCAGAGAAAGGCUUCUGAGUCUCGAUGUGAAGGACUAUGAUCACGACAAGAAACUCAUCGUAGCCGGAACCACUCAUGGGCGGAUCCUGAAGCUAGUAUCGGAUGGGCGUGGACAGUCAACCAUUUUGGAAGCCAUCCAUCUUCACGAUAAACCCAUCCGCCAAGUCAAGAUUGCCGCCACGCAAAAGAUCUUGGCCGUGACAGAUGAUGAAUUGCAGAUCGUGUCGUUGCACCGAUGUGGGUCUCUUCUCACUUGUGAUGAAUGUUUGGCCCAUGCCGAGGAUCCCUUUUGUAAAUGGAACUUCUCAGAGCAGAAAUGCAUUCGAAACUAUGGAAUCGCUUACCGAGCAGACUUGUUCCAAAAUAUCGCCGAGUGUCCAGUGGCGGAAGUGGCUAAAGAGGAGACCACUACCGAAAUGGCGCCGCCAGAAACUUCUCCACCUCCCGAAGACUAUGAGGCCGAAUUUGGCAUCAAUGAAACAAUAAUUUGUCCAAUGUGCUCAUGUGACUGUCCUUUGAGUAGCUCAACUUCAGCACCGAUUGUACCCACAGAGACAGCUCAAAUAUCCACUUCGGGAGACUUGAUAGGAGCCAGAGACAGAGAGUCUUCGUCAAAAGCUCCAUUGAGUGAAAACCAUUUUGAUGAUCCCUCCAAAAACGAGAUUCAAUUGAACCGCAACCGCAAGGAGUUAGACAUUUUUUUCGACUUUAUCAACGGGGAAUCCAACAAGCUCAGUGAUAUCCAGGGUUUGGAGGAAAAAUAUCUUCCCAAGAGAGAAUCCCCACUAUCGCAAAAUUUUGAACAUCGAGUCACGGAAACGACCUUGGCAUGGGUCUCGUUGGCAUCUGCCCUAUUAUCCUUAGUCAUUGGUUUUGUCCUCGGAUUAUUAGUAGCUCGAUUUUGCCAACACAAGUCCCAAGUAAAGGUCAAAGGCAAUCCCCCACCCUCAGUGGCAACGGUCUCCGAUCAACUUGAUCCAUCCAUGAUGCAAAAGCCUAUGAGUUAUGUCGACGAUCCCGAUGGGGACGAUCAUGGGUUCAAGUCAUUGCCGAUUCACCACUCGACGCAGAAUGGAGCCGCUAUUAUGUUCCCUAGUCAUUUGAACUACGUCAAAGCUCCGGGAUCGUUGCAAGGAAGCUUUCCAGACAUCAAUCAAAACAGUCUAGUCGUUUUACAAAACAAUAAUAUUGCCGCGAAUCGUCAUUCCGUGAGCUGUGGGCAAUCGUUACGCGGUUCCAGUUGCUCUCGGGAAGCUACUUCAGCCUCGUACACCACUUCGACGAGUGCCUCGCCAUCCACAAGUAAUGUGAGUCGAGGUACUAAUGAAUCCAUCGGGGAAGUUCCUCCUCCCGUCACUACUGGCAUGAUGAAAUUCGUGCCGGAAAACGUGAAGCGAAUCUAUCUUUAGCCGAGAAUGUAUUCAGUCUGUUCAACCAUGCCAAUUGGUUGCUUGUGCAAUGGCUAGAAAAUGGCAUUAUUCCAUAUCUUAUUUGAAUUCUCCGGAGAGCAAUGUGAAAUAAGAUCUUCUUGGCUGUGACGAAUCAAGUCUAUAAUUCUGUUAAAUAAAUUCAGUAUGCAAAUUCAA